UAAGCCUCCACAGCUCAAGCGGCAGAGCUGGGAAUCAAACCCGGUUCCUCCAGAUUAGAUACACGAGCUCUUAACCUCCUAUGCCACUGCUGGUCCCCCCUCCUUCUUUGUAAGCCUGAGUGAUGGCCCUUUGGGGUUUUCUUCAGCACCACCCUGAAUCCAAGCCCUGGUAGAACCACUAGGCCACCUGCUCAAUUCUGUCUCUGUCCCCCACCCUGGCAGGCAGUCCAGGUCGGACCUCACAGUCUCUGUGACCACCUGCCUACCCCCCACCCGGCAAUCCUGCCUGGCCCUCAAAGGCCCCUGCAUCAAAUGUCUGUGACAUCAGAAGGAUAAAGGGUGGCCUGGUCCAGCCCAGGUGAAAUGGCCAGGUGCGUUUGAAGAGAAGCUUGAAGGUUCCCGGGUGCUGCCGAUCCUCUGACUCGGCCCUCGGGAUGGGGACUUGUCAGGGCCGGCUGCCACAAACCACCAAGCCUUUGUGCCACGAAGUGAGAGAGAAGCUGCGGUCCCCCGUCAUCAUCUUUGUGAUCGGAGGCCCGGGAUGUGGCAAAGGGCCCUGCUGUGCCCGCCUGGCUACCAAGUACAAUUUCUACCACGUGGCAGUGGGAGAGCUCUUGCGGGAGGAAGUGAAAAAAGCCACCGGCAACAGCAAGGCCAUCAAGGACAUCGUGCUGAGAGGAGCCCUGGUCCCAGCGGGUUACGUCUUGAACUUGCUGAUGGACAACAUGCUUAAAACAGAAAAUGUCAAGGGCUUCUUUAUCGACGGCUUUCCCCGGGAAAUCAGCCAGGCCAGGCUGUUUGAAGAAGUGGUGGGACGCUUACCUAACAUCGUGAUAGUGUUCGAUUGCUCCACAGAGACGAUGAUCCAGCGGCUGCUGCUUCGGAGCCACACGGGCACCCGGGCUGACGACCACGACAGGAUCAUCCGGCAGCGGCUGGAGACCCACUACACGCUCUCCGAGCCCGUCUUCACCUAUUACCUGCAGAGGGACCUGCUUCGGAAUGUCCUGGGAGAGGAACCUUCAGAAAUUAUCUUUGCCAAAUGCUGCAGCGUUGUCGACGAUGUCUUGAAGGGACAAUCUGUACAGGCCUAAACCACACAUAGUCUACUGAGUACUAAGCAGAAAAUAAAAGGUUUAAGCCGCUGGGCUCUAGAGAUACCUUCAAAAAACAAAACAAAACCCCCAGGG